AUUCAUUUACAUCGAAUUGCGGCAGUGAUAGAGAACAAACAAUGACAGCCUUGCUAGCAUUUUUAUCUAUUGCUGUGGUCUACACUCUUGGCGUGGAAGAUGAUGUGGUUCGAAGAGAAUGGGAAAAAUUUCAGUUAACUUAUGGAAAAUCAUACAGGUCACCUGUGGAAGAAAGGAAACGUAUGGCAAUCUUCAAAAACAAUGUGAACGAAAUCGAAGCACAUAAUUCUCUGUUAGAGAAAGGCAAAACAUCAUACACCAAAGGCAUAAGCAGAUUCACUGACUGGACAAAAGAAGAAUUCUUUCAUUAUUUAAACACAGGAUUCAAGAAUGAAUCAAAUGUUGCUAGCUCAACAUCAAACAUCUCUAAUAUCACCCAAUGCUCGGUCGCUCCUAAAUCUGAUGACUCGAACGUUGUAAAAGAUCAAGGACAGUGUGAACCCUUUUGGGCUUACAAUAUGACUGAAUCUAAAGAUGGAUCAGGAAUGAAGGGAAAGAUAAUUUUUCUCAGUACAUCGAAUUUGACCAAAUGCUCUUUGUAUCAAGGUAACAACGAAUGCAGCGAUGGUCUUAUGACUUCUGCAAGCAAAUACGAUAAGAGAAGUGGGAGGCAAGUGGAAAAUAACCCCGUAAUAGAAUUAAUUGACCACGACACCAACGUUAUAUUCGUAAACGAACCUGAUAUUGAUGAUUCUAUACAAAUAGCUAUUCAGGCGACAUUCGAAUUGCAGAUGUAUAGAUCUAUCAUGUUUGACGAGGAUAUCUGCAGCAGCUACCCUUCGAACUAUAGCGUCCCUGUUGUUAGAAUAGGCAAAGACUGCAUUUGUGAAGAAUCACGGGUAGAAAAUCUGAGAUUGGUCAGAAAUGAAAACAAUGAUUGCGGUUUAUCGCAAGCAUAACAACAUAAGAGGAAUAACCACCACGUGGCUUUCGGAGUACUAGUCAAACAUUAGGUUUCCAUUGAUUUCCCCUCUGGCGCUCCUGCGAUGACCAACCUUUGUACGGUGUACGAAGUUGUACAUUCGCUUUAUCUUUACGAAGCAUAUAGUUAGAGGGCAGCACUGUAUGACGGUUAAUUAUUUUUUCACAGAAUUACAGUUUUUCCUCUUUUGUAAUAAUUUUUUGUAGGUUUUUUUCACGAAAACUUAUAAAAUAGAUAAGUGAUUUGUAUAUAUCAUCAAUUCUUUUGCGAAAAACGAAAAAUUACCAAAAUUUUGUUUUCACUCGCAAAUUAAAAAUAUUGUCAUUCUACAAUGUAGAAUAUUGUUUGGAGAAAUUAUGUGGAAACCUCAUCAAAAUCGGUGGUUGUAAGAGAAAAAAUCUAUAAUUUCGUUUUGAGCUGAGCACUCACGUGGUGGUAUUCCCUCUUAACAUGUUCAUUACGAAUUCAAUCAAUGUCUAAAUAAAUAUAAAUAAAAAUAAAUAAUGAUUGUUUGCAUGUUAUCCAUUUAUUCGGAUACGAAAAAAAUCA